CUCCCCGCCUUACACCCCAGCAUUCGAUAAACCUUUUUCCUGCAAACAUGAGCACUCGUACACCACGCACAGACGCCACACAGCGAGCUCCAGACGAGGAAAGCCCGCUCCUCGGCCGACAGCCCGGCAAGAAUUCGGACUCAUCGGCAGCAGUCCAGCGCCUGCGGAAGCACUUUGCGGCAGAUGUUACUAAGAAUUGGGCGGACUUGGUCCUGCUCUUCUGCUACAUUAUUACUGGCUUGCUGGAUAGCUCGGCUGUCUUCAUAUGGGGCUCCUUCGUGAGCAUGCAGACGGGAAACACGGUAUAUCUUGGCUUGGGUCUCAUCGCCCCCCACGAGGGCAUUCGCUGGGUCAAGGCGCUGACGUCGAUAACGUCCUUUUGCCUGGGCUCCUUCUUCUUCGCGCGCUUCCACCGCUACUUCUCGCCUGCUAAAAGAUGGGUGCUUAUCGCAUCCUACGCGUUCCAGCUGCUCCUCAUCGUCUUGGCUGCUUCCAUUGUCACCUUUGACAACGACUCUUCGAAUGAGCUGCACUGGCCCGUUCUGGUGCCCCUUGCUGCGGUUGCUUUCCAGUCGAGUGGACAGGCUGUUACCUCGCGCGCAUUGAAGUACAAUGGCCUGACCAGCGUCGUUCUCACGAGUAAUUACUGUGACCUGUUCUCAGACCCAAAGCUAUUCGCCCUAUCCAAUGUGGAGCGAAACAGGAGGAUUGCUGCUCCGGUAUUGUUGCUUCUCGGUGCCUGUAUCGGUGGCUUGUUUGCGCACAGCUCCGUAGGACUGGCCGGCGCUUUGUGGACGGCAGCUGCUCUGAAACUCCUCGCCGUCAUUGCGUGGGUGUUCUGGAAAUCCGAGGCGGAAGAUGAGUAGUCGACACACGUGGCUGCUUCCACUAUCGAUUGCUCUGAUCCAUGGUUGCGAGAAGAAGAGGGUUUAAAGCUCGCUAGAGCUGCAGUCAAAUCGUAGAGGUGGUCUUGUAAUCUGAACCACUGGAACUGAACCACCGGGCCAGGGUUGAGAUCCACCGCUUUUCUGAAAAGCAAGCGAUUAUUGGCUCACUAUACAUCCAAGGAAACAUAUAUGAGAUAUGCUCCCUAUAGACUAUUAUUAUAUGCAUCUACCUUGUUCCAUCC